AUGGCGGAAGACAAUACCAACAACGAUCAGUACAAUGCUGAUGAGCUGGAAGCCCCUGAAUGGCUAAACGCGAAAUUUAUUACAAAAGUUCUCAUUGAAUACGAAAACAAUCCAAAGUUAAAAGUGCUAGACGUAAAGAAUUCACCGGCGACAAAGAAGGCAGAUCACUAUGCCAGUGUCAUGUUUCGCACUUCAGUGGAAUAUCAAACAGAAAAGGGGAAAUUUUUCAAAUCCUUAAUUGUCAAAGCAAUGCCCGAACAGGAAGGCCACAAGAAGGACAUGUUGAGUGAAUCGCAUAUUUUUGAAACGGAAAUCGGCAUGUAUGCCAAAGUAUUGCCAGAGUUUGCUAAAAUUUUUCAAGAGGCUGGUGAUAAUAUGAAACUAAAUGCCAACUGCAUAUAUUAUAGCCUGGAGCCAAGAAAAGUAUUGAUAUUUGAAGAUCUCUUGCCCUUGGAUUAUAAUCCAAUACGUAAUCGUAAUGCUACUCAAGAAGAAGUGCGUUGCGUAUACGCGAAGUUGGCCAAAUGGCAUGCAGCUAGCUUGAAGAUACAAAACGAGCAACCGGAAUUCCUCAAGGAAUUCAAAUAUGGUUUAUUUGAUAUGCCAACCUUUGUUAGUGAUCCCUUUGUCACAAGUGGCAUGGCGGCUUUUCUUAAAUUGUUGGAUGAAUAGCCCGAAUUUGCCAAAUACAAACCUUUCUUUGAAAAGAUGAAAAACAAUUAUCUUCAACAUAUGGAAGCUGCCAUGACAGAGUAUCGAACCAAUCGGCAACUCGAUGGCUACUAUGUGCUCUCCCAUGGGGACUUUCAUUUAGGAAAUAUGAUGUACAAGUACAAUAAAGAGACUGGUGCAGUCGAUGAUUGCAUUCUGGUGGACUUUCAAAUAUGCAAUUUGUCACCCAUAACCAUUGAUCUAAUCUACUCGCUCUACACUCUAAUGGGACCCGAAGACCGUCUCUACAACUGGGAUAAACUAUACGAAUUUUAUUUUGAAAGUCUGUUGGCAAAUCUAAAAAAAAUUGGUUACAAAGGAACUUACCCAUCUUUAGAUAGAUUUUGGCAGCAAAUUUAUAAGCACAAAUACUUUGAUUUUCAGUUAGUUACAACCUUUUUGCCUCUUACAUGGGCUGUAAGAACAGAAGGGUUUGGAGUUAUUGACUUGAUAGAAAAAGAAGACGUACGUCACAAAACUUAUCACAUAGAUGGUUAUCUUAAUGAUCUUAAAGUAUUGCUGCCCAGAUAUGAAAAAUUGGGCUAUUUCGAUGACUUGCAAUAAAAGAGUCGCCGAUUAUAAAUUAUGAUUCAACACAAAUUAACUGAUUUAAAUA